AUGGUAUUAAAUGAUAAUAUCCGAUGCCCUGUUAUGCUGUGCUAUGGGAUUCAUACAUCUGAUUUGACACAUGACAAUUUCAAUGCUAUUUUUUCAGGUUUAAUUAUUUUAGGGUUUGCAAAAGAAGUCUGGAAUCACGUGGAGAUUGAGGCUGAAGAUUAUUUCUUUCCUUUAGAGCCAGUAAUAAAUUUUUGCAAAAUGGCGGAUCAAUGUCAACAUGAUUUCGUUCCUAUCUGCGGGCAGGACUCUCUCGGGAUAACGCGUAUGUUUAACGAUAACUGCGAUCUAUAUGAGUACAAUUGCGAUGAAAAGAAACAAUAUCGUCAUGUUAAAAUAGAUGUUUGUAAAUAUGAAGCUGCGGCAGCGGAGAGAACGAAAUAACAAAACAU